GUCAGACUGACAGUGACAAUUCCAUUUUUUGUUAUCGUCGAUUUAUUGUAAUUUAGAAAGUUUUUUCUAAAAAGUUAGUAAAAGUUCGUUGACAAUUAGUUUCGUAUUCACUAUUUUAAGUAAUGUUUUUACAUUAUAAUGGAGAAUAUAAAUAAUGGUGUUCAACAAUCGGCCGUCGUAAGUCACACUCAAACGAAAAAGCACGAGAAGAUAUUCAAAAUCAUCGUAAUCGGAGAUUCGAGUGUAGGAAAAACAACGUUAACAUAUAGAUUUUGCGAAGGAAAGUUUUUGGAAUUAGCAGAGAGCACUAUAGGCGUUGAUUUUCGAAGUAGAGUCCUCAAUAUCGAUGGAGAAGAUAUUGUACUGCAAUUAUGGGACACUGCAGGCCAGGAAAGGUACCGGAUGUCAAUGGUCCGUCACUAUUACCAGAAUGCACAUGCCGUAGUCUUCGUUUACGAUGUGACUAGUGCUCCAUCGUUCGACUCUUUGAAAAAAUGGAUCGAAGAAUGCAACAAGAAUUGCCUCAAUGACGUACCAAAAAUCUUAGUGGGCAACAAAUGUGAUGCAGUCGCAGCAGUUACAACGAACGUUGCCCAAAGGUUCGCAGACCAAUACAACAUGCCGUUAUUCGAAACUUCUGCUAGGUUAGAUUCCCAAUGUGAUAAUGUAGAGGCUAUUUUUUUAACGUUAGCGCAUAAGUUGAAGAACCAGAAGAAAUUCAUGCCAAUGAAGCAGACUGCUUUACGAAUUACCGAAGAUUCAAUCAGUAACAGUAAGCCACAAUCUUCUUCUUGCUGCUCUUCUUGACCUAUAUCGUAAAGUAAGUAUUUAUAUAUCUGAGUGUACAAUUUUAGUUGAGGUAGUAAUAUAUAUCAACAAUUAACAGGUGUGCUAUUAUAGCAUUAUAAUAUAGGUCUAUUUUUUAAUUUAUAAGCUUUAAUUGCCAACAACUUAUUAUUUACAAUUUUUGUUGUAAUAAAUAGACAAUAGAUUUCUUGAUGAUAGUUAAAAAAAUAUAGGAAUAGCAAUGAAGAAAUUUAACGUUUUAUAAGCAAAGACCAAUUCUUAUAGUUAACUCCUGACAGGGUUAUAUUUAUUUACUGUUUAUUGGCUGUAAUUUACUUUUCCACAGGUUUAUAAUUUCAUAAGUUUUAAUAAAUCAAAUAGAGUUAAUGUCAAUCUACCUAGAAUAUCAAAAAGAUAGACCAAACGCUAUAAUAGCACUGGCUGUUGUUACUUGUAAUGCUAUUAUUAUAUGGUUUUAA